CUUCACUUCUCUAACCAUAAAAACAUCUCUCUCUUUCUCUGUGCCUCCCCUUCUCCGCCGGUGGCAAAUUUCAGAGUUGGAGAACAAUUUGCAGCCUUCAGUUUCUGUUUGAGCUGCGAUUCUACUGAAGCAACAACGGAUAUGGAAGGCGAGUCAAGGAAGCGCAUGAAGCAUGGUAUAGAUGAGAAUGGACAAGAGGUCAUAGAUGGAGCAGCUCUAGUGAUUGUAGAGAAGGAAGAAGCUGAGACAAACAUUGUGGGAUCUGAAGAGAUGGAACUGAACAUUGCUCACAUUUUCGAAAAGAUUGAACACUUCACCCAAAUGGUAUCUGAGUUACUGGAAUCAGGAAAGGCAAUGUUUAAGGAGCUGAGUAAUGAAUUUGAAGAACGUUUGAUUUCGAUACACAAGGAGCAAAUGGAGAAAUGGCAGGAGGAGAUCAAAGAAUUGAGGUUGCUUGAUGCUCAAAUGAGGAGGCAAGUGGUAUUCUGCACAAUGCUAGAUACGUGCUCCAAAACCCUCACAUUGACUCUUGAAGGUUUGGCUAGAUUGUGCAGCAAGAAUAAAUGAAUGAAUGUUCCUUUGGCGCCAAAACAAGGUACCUUUCUUUUCAGUGCUGGAUGUUAUUAAACUAGAAGAUACAGUAUAGACUAUCUUCUAGAAUUUUUGCUGCUGCAGAAAUUCUUAAGACUUUUCUCUUAGAUCUAUGUAAAAGGAGCUUAGGGGAUACGAAGAGAGGUUCUUGUAUGGUUCCUCGUAUAAUGUAAAUGGAUUAACCAAUGUACUGGCUUAUUCAACACUGAUCCAAGAAAUUUACACGCCGAAGAUGCUCUUAACUUU